CACUCUGAUCGAUCCUUCCAUAUAUAAAACUAAAUCCCUCAUACAAACACCAAUACACAUAUACGAUAUCAUAAUAUGGGCUCGAGCCAAAGCACAAAAAACAUUAGAUUCAAAUCAUCCAAUAAAGAAAAAAAACUUAUGAGCUCCUCCUCAUCAAGCCCCACCACAUCCUCAUCGUCUGGGUGGCAGCGGAACGAUCAUCGUCAUUAUCAUCAUCGUUAUCAUCAUCAGCCAAGCAAUCACGUCACGACCAUUGCCGACAGUAAUGUAACUGGUCAUGGCCAUAGUGUACAGGCGGCUGAUGAUGAUAUUGAUACCAAAGCUGAAGAGUACAUCAAGCGCAUUCGAAAGAAGUUUGAAUCACAAUGUCAGAUGGAGGAGGUUGAUGCGUUAAAUUUGAAUGGUGGCGUUCAAGGUGUAGAAGAGGAUAAAAAACCUACGGCAGGUUACAUCUCAUCUGCUUGAUCAUAACACACUUUUUAGGCCAGCAUUCAGAUCCACACGCUGAAUGUGAUAAAAGACAUCCAAAGCAAAGAGAGGCCGCCCUCUUUGAUCACUCCCAAUUUGUAAAUAUACUUACGGCUAUUACCCUCAAAUAGGAGUAAAAAUUACUCUUACAUGUAACAAUUGGACUAUAAUCUUUUUAUUCCCAAAAUAGGAGUUCCCUCUUGUUACUCUAUCCCCUUUCUACAAUCCCUGGUAUGACUUAUUUUAUCAUCCCCAUAGUUUUAUUUGUAAUAAAAAAUAAAAAUAUUUAUAAAUUUAUAACAAAAAUGUAAAAAAAAAAAUUGAAUAGCCCGUUGCCACAACAUCUUCCACCCCUAGUACCACCACCUCCGAUCACCAGAAAAAAUGUUAUCUCUUGUAAAAAUGUCACAUUUAUCUUAAAAUUCUUACAAUGACAUGAAUGCAACGUUUUUACUUUGGAAUUACCAAAUUUUUCUUUCAAAAUUGUCAUAAAGAUUACAUUAUUUGCAGGUUGGCAUUUUUUCUUGGCGACCGGAGGUGACAGUGCUAGAAGGUCGCUAAGGUUAAAAAGAGGAAUUGCCCGUUUUUAAUCAUUUCGAUGGCUUAAUUGGAGGAAGUUUUGGUACAGGGGUAAUUGAUUUUUUUAAUAGUAGGGGGCUUAUUUGAUAGUUUUCCCUAAAUUUUUCCAUUAUUAUUAAUUUUGUUGCUCUCCAAUCAAAGUGCUUUUAAUUUUGUUUGUUUGUUUAACGUUUGUAUUCAAAUGUUUAGUUUGUAAUAUGUAAAUAUUUACUUAAUUUGAUCGAGCAUACAACACUCA